AUGGCGGACGAAAAGAAGAAGAGAAACAAGAAGAAGAAGCGUGGCGGUAGCAAGACGAAGAUGACCUCUGAGCAAGCAGAGGCUAUUAAGUCGGUCAGCGAUUGGCUCUUCGUAGGUUCUUCUUCUCCACCUCUCGAUGAAUUUGCCGUCACAAUCAAUAAAGGUUCUUUGAGAUGCGGAGCGAAAUUGGUGUUUGAGCUUCACUCUCAUUCAAAUCGCAGCGAUGGGUUUCUAUCUCCUUCAAAGCUAGUCGAAAGGGCUCAUACCAAUGGGGUGAAAGUUCUUUCUCUAACGGAUCAUGAUACAAUGGCUGGUAUUCCAGAAGCAGUAGAAGCAGGACGUAGAUUCGGUAUCAAGAUCAUUCCCGGUAUUGAGAUCAGCACAUUAUUCUGUUCCAGAGAGUCUGGUUCUGAAGAAUCCGUGCAUAUACUUGCCUACUAUGGAACAUCCGGUCCAGCAAUGUAUGAUGAAUUAGAGAAUCUCUUGGUGAAGAUAAGGGAUGGGCGUUUUGUCCGUGGGAGAGAAAUGGUAUCCAAAUUGAAUAAACUUAAGAUACCUCUCAAAUGGGAACAUGUCACCAGGAUUGCUGGCAAGGAUGUUGCUCCUGGUAGGAUGCACGUUGCUCGAGCGCUUCUUGAAGCUGGAUAUGUGGAGAAUUUAAGACAAGCCUUCACUAAAUAUUUACAUGAUGAUGGACCUGCUUAUGCCACAGGGAGCGAGCCUAUGUCCGAGGAAGCAGUGAAACUUAUAUGCAAAACUGGUGGUGUAGCUGUUCUUGCACAUCCGUGGGCGUUGAAGGAUCACGUCAGUGUUAUUAGGAGGUUGAAAGAUGCUGGACUUCAUGGGGUCGAGGUUUAUAGGAGUGACGGCAAGCUAGAAGUUUUUAGCGAGUUGGCCGAUACAUACAGUCUACUGAAGCUAGGAGGAUCAGAUUAUCAUGGUAAAGGCGGACGCAAUGAAUCAGAAUUGGGGAGUGUAAACCUUCCUGUGAAGGCAUUGCAGGGUUUCUUGAAGAUUGGGCGUCCUAUAUGGUGUGAGGCCAUUAAAGCAACCAUGAGAACAUUCCUUGAACAACCAUCUGAUUCAAACCUCUCCAAUAUAUUAAGGUUCGAUAGCGCAAGGAUUCUGAAAGGAAGCUCGUCUUGGUCCUGUGGUAGAGAGUUAAUGGACCGAUGCUUAGCGAUUUGGUUGACAAAUGAUGAGAGGGAAAAUGAUGAGUUUGAGGCCCUCAGAUUGAAGCUCUCUUGUGUGUUAAUCACCUCAAAGGGAUCAUGUGUCACCGUUGGUGCUUAAAAACUCUAGAGAACUCUUUGUACCACUCAUUUCCUAUCAGUCUCUUAUGAGUAAUCUACAAAUGACAUGCCAUGUGAUGAUGUAGACGAUCAAUAUUGUUUAUGACUAUAUAUACUAGGAUACGCUGCCCGAUCAUUUGGAAAAAUGCAAUGACCAAUAAUAUCAGUGGCGAGCUGAUAAGGAUCUGGUUUAGAUUCCUAAUCACUAUUGCCAAUGAAAUAUACUCGUUCAUGUUCUCGUUUUAG